ACGAGGAAGAAGCGAGACAAACGCUGGCGAGCCAUCUAAAAUGCUUUACUUCUUCUCUCCCUCCCACCCUCUCUCUCUCUCUAGGUAUUGAUAUUCCGAAGUUGAAGGAAGAAGAGGAGCCCUAAUUAUCUCUGAGAAGUCGCAGUUUCUCAUCUCCAGAUACUAGGAAUGGGGAACUUUUUGGCGAAGGAGCCGCCGCCGCCGGUGGUGCUUGUACCUCCUCUCUUCGAUUUCCCUCCUCUGUCCGCCCGCAAUAGGAUGUUGGAAACAUCCUACAAUGUGCUGUUUGGGAAGCUUGCUUUGAAAUGCCUAUUUGAAGAUUACUUUGAAGAAGCACGUCACUUUUCCACAAAGUUAUUGUUGAAGCCCCUUGAUGACCCUCAUGUGGAUUUGGUUGCAUCUGUCUCAGGUCCUCUAGAUAACAAAGCAGGAAACCUUGUGGGAGAUGCACUCUUCCGCUGGCAAAGUGAUGUCAAUGAUCCCCAUACAUUCGUAGACCUCUCUGUGUCAACCUCCAACCCGGUUUUACAAAUGAGGUCCUGCGCUUACUACCCUAAAUAUGGAAUUGGAGCAUUUGGAAUCUUCCCUCUGCUUUUGAAAAAGAGUAGCCAAUCAUCUGAAGAAUAUGGGGUUAUGGGACUGAGGUAUGGUUCGGCGAAUUUAUCUCUUGGAGCUACGGUCUCUCCUUCUGUGAAGGAUGAAUUGCCAAAGACUGCAUGGAUCGUGAGCAAGAUGGGAAGGCUCACAGUAGGCGUGCAAUAUGAGCCACUAUAUGAAAGCAAAGAUACUCCAAUUUCAAAGUACAGAGAGUUGAGGAACUGGAGUUGUGCUGUUGGCUAUGGAGUAGGGUCAAGGAGCCCCUUGAGCCCUUCUUUCAACUUUGGACUUGAACUUGCUAGAAGCUCUCAGUUUGUUGCUUCGUUUUACCAACAUGUUGUGGUCCAGAGGCGGGUGAAAAACCCAUUUGAAGAAAAUGAAGUAGUUGGCAUUACUAACUACAUCGACUUGGGUUUUGAGAUACAAACAAGGCUUGAUGAUGCCGAGAAGUCAGACCGUUUUCCAGAUUCCUCGAUGCGAAUAGCUGCUUCCUGGCAAGCUAAUAAGAACUUCUUGCUUAAGGGGAAAAUGGGACCUAUGAGCUCAACAAUAACAUUAGCCUUCAAGUCAUGGUGGAAACCUUCCUUUACAUUGAAUGUUUCAGCUACCAAGAAUCAUUCCACCAGAGAAACGUCAUAUGGCUUCGGCCUCCGCGUCGAGAAUCUACGGGAAGCAAGUUACCAAAGAGCCGAUCCGAACUUUGUGAUGCUGACACCGAACAAAGAGCACUUGGCGGAAGGGAUCGUCUGGAAAAUGGGUAAGAGACCGAUGUUUCAGUCUGACAUUGACUCCAAGAAUUUCGACGUUGUCCCUAAGGAACUCCGACCUCCUCGGAAGAUUCUCUAGUUCCCUUUCUUUUUUUUUUUUUUUUGAUAACUUGAAAGUUCACCGGGCCGAGCUAUAUUUUUCACGGGCCGGAGGCAGUCUGUAUGCUGCAAUUAAAUUGCGUACCUCCUCCCCGCCUUUAGAGUCGAACCGGUUACCUUGAGCGCCUAACACUCAUACCACCACAGGAUGGGUUAGUUCCUUUUUUUCCGUCUUUUCAGAAGCUAUCUAUCGUCAAGUCUCCUCUUGAACUUUACUGGCUCUGUCAGUUAUUAGCUUUGCUAUAUUUCUCA